AUAAAAAGCAGUUGGUACUUUAAUUUUUAAUCAAGAAAGCAUUCAGGGAUUUGGAAAUGUGCAUAGAAAGAAUCGUGUUCGCAACUCGGCAGCCAGUUCUAAGUGGCUUCGAAAACUAAAUAGGUAGUAUCCCCAGUUUGUUGAUAAAAUAUCACGGGACGUUGCAUUAGCUAGCUACAGAGCCCGCUAGCUAACUUACCUCCACUGUGGUUUUGCAGACUGGGCAGCUAGCUAGCCAACUUUAGUGAAGUGAGCCAGGGAGAUAGCUAGUUGGCUAGCUAGAUAGUUGGCUUGCUGGCAAACGAAGACGGCUGCACGGAAGUCUCCGCAGUUUAGACCUAUGCGACUGUUAUCAGGUUAGUGAUGGAGCUGAGAGAGGUUACCGUGGUGAGCGGCAGCUUCGUUGGGUUCCAGCUGCUGUUCUCGGUGGCCAGCCCACUGCUCUCAUCUGCCUUCACCACGGGCUACGGCCGCCUGCCCUCCGCCAAGCACACCGAGUGGCACUCCAGGUUCGUGUCCACCAUCCACGCGCUGAUCGUGGGGCUGUUCUGCGUCUACAUCCUGUGGUUCGAUGACGCCGUCAACGCAGACCCGGUCUGGGGGGACCCUGGCCUGGUGAAGCUGAAUGUAGCGAUAACCUGCGGCUACCUCCUCUAUGACCUUGUGCUGCUGGCCCGUAACUGGGGUACGAUGGGCGACAGCUUUUUCGUCUGCCACCACUUGGCGGCGCUGUACGCAUACGGAUAUGUCCUGACACAGGGCGUGCUUCCGUAUUUUGCCAACUUUCGUCUCAUUUCAGAGCUGUCCACACCAUUUGUCAACCAGAGGUGGUUCUUUGAAGCUCUGUCGUACCCGCGCUCUGACCGGCUGGUGGUGUUGAACGGCGUUGCCAUGGCGGUGGUGUUCUUCCUGGUGCGCAUCGCGGUGAUGCCUCCGUACUACAGGCGGGUGGUGUCCACGUUCGGCACGCCGGCCUUCGAGAGGCUGGGCCUGGGGCCGCAGGUGGCCUGGAUCUCCUCCUGCAUCUGCCUGGACAUCCUCAACACCAUCUGGAUGUACAAAAUCGCGCGCGGCUGCUACAAGGUCCUGGUGGGCGCGGGCAGGAAGGCCAAGCUGAGCGCCCAGGACGGCACCCACACCAACAACCACCGAGACUGAGCGCGCGGGCCGGGACCACGGACCAAUCACGGCGUUUCUUCCUUUCCUGUUUCUUUGUGUUUUAAAUCCGCUUCCGGAAGAGAAAGUGGGGCUCUAGAGAAGCGCCUAGCAGCCGAUCCGCAGGCCUGGCUCGCCAGAGUGCCUUUCCGGACUCGGGAAACGCGGGCCCUGGUUCUGGUCGUCUGUGAUCUCAUCUGCCCCCCGCCCCCCAAAGCCCCCCAAAGCCCCCUCCAGGAUCCAAUCAGUCAAGAAUGUCUCAAAGCUGCUAACAACGGAAUCACCUCACCCUCUCCCGGCAUUACCACCUCCUCAUGAAGACUUCAGCGCGCCUGCUUACUGAAGCAGCCACAGAGCCGUCCGCCAGAGACCCGCCCAUCAACUCCUCCCUCCAUUUCGUGUCUUCUUCUCCUUCCCGCUCGACGGCCCUCUGCCUUACUUCACUUCUGGGAGCCUCUAGCCAAGAUGGCCGCCGAACAAAGCCUUCAGCCGCGUUGUGUGUCAAAAAAAAAUCCCGCUCCAUCCGUCCAGUUUGAGAUUCAGUUUGAAUGCGGUUCCAGUGCCUCCGCACCGCUUCCUCUCUGUCCUGUCCCCGUUACAAACAGGGGGGGCUCACUGUCUCCAGGGUGUGCUCUGCGGGACUCCAUCACCGUGUCCCACGUGUUCGUGACACAAAACAUACCGGUAGACGUCCGUCGCUACUCUACUUUUCUUUCAGUCUUUGCAGGUAACACCGCUGUCGUUUCAGGCAGCUGUUCACAGAGCAAACACUAACACUAACUGCCCACUUAAGUCCCCUUCAGCUUCCUGUUUCAGAGCAGAAUUCACAGUUUGGUCGGUUUGAGCUGUAAAAUUCAUACCAAAGAGCCCUGGUCCCUUGGACACCGUAAAGUACUUAUCUCUCUCUUCUGUCUGUAACAGAAAACCCAAAUCCAAAUCGCGUGAUUUUAGCUAGCCUCACGGUUCCAGAAAUGAUAUUUGUAGUUGACCGAUCGCUCAGUAGAAAGGUGGAUUUUGUUCAAUAUAUAAGGUGCAAUAGGAUGUGCAGUUAGUAGCCUAACAGUUUUCUUAAAGCACUGUUAGCCUUAACACACCCUUAAACUAGUUAUUUCACAUUUUCCAGUUAAUCCACAUCUCCAACCUUUUAGAAAAAGCUGUGCUCUUGAGUUUUUACUAAGAAAUCGUGGAAUUUCAGCAACGUAAUUUAAAUCAAUCAGAUUUAUUUAUUCUGUGGUUUUUUUUUUUUUUUUAGGAAAGGGUACAUGAUUGGUUUGUACCAGUCAAUCUGAUGACUCAGUUGCAGGUGUAACACCCAGAAAGGCUGUGGAUCGCAAAACAAAACCGCAGAACAAGCCAGACCGGGACCAGUUUUCCCGAAGCACUGUUUUCCGGAGAGUCCUUUCAUUUUUCAAGCUGUGAGAAAUAUUUACUGCAUUUCUGGAAAUGGCCUAAUGGACAAAAUAUUGAUAAAACAUUAAGCACAAUGGUCCUGUGUAAACGGCCAGCGGGUAAACACUGUGAGUUUAUUAAACACCACACCCGCUGUGUGUCCGGGCAGUGUUUCCCUGUCUGGAACUGCAUUUAAAACCAACACCCCAAUAAUACAGACAUUAUAUUUAUAGAUGUAUUCUGUUGAGCUCCAGGUACAUAAGGAUUUUAAGCUGCAAAAGAGCCCUAUGUGCCUUUUUAAAUCAUGCUUGGGUAAUCACUGUUUAGACGGUGUCCUCAUUGAGGCUGUGUUCAAAUCUGCUUACUUGCCUACUGUUGAGUAUGCAACUUGCAUACUCAAUAGUACGCAAUAGUGUAAGCUGUUUGGGACAAGCCCUGGGUCUUCUAUGAAGCACUAUGUACCUUACAUGGUGUGUAAGGCUUACCAGCAGGUAGACCUUUCUCAAACCCUGCAUCCUCCACAGGGGUGCUCACAAGUACAGUCGGGUUAUACCGCCACCUGGAGGUUGCAUAAAGCACUGCACAAGGGUCAGGCAAGUUAGUGCUGGGAUUGUGAGGUUUCAGGGAUCAUGGGCUGUAGAUCAUGGGCUUGUUUGAACCAAUCAAAAAGUCUUUGCUUUCCACAACCAAGGCAUUUUAUUGGUUCAAAUUAGCGAGUGACUAACUGCACGUUGUUCCGCCCAUUUCAGGCGUAAUGACAUCAUUCGUCGCCAUAGCCCCUUCUCAACGUGCAGCGUAAACGGUUCGUGAUUCAUAUGAAGCCUCUGCGAUUGUUAGUGUAGUCAUAAAAUGAAGUGUGUCUGGGAAAUUUGAAAAAGUAUUGCAAUUAUGAAAUGUUAAUCCUAUGCAGGGUAAUGUUAUUAAAACAUUGGCUGCAAAGCUGAUAUUCGUCAGAGAAGAUUUUAGCCAUUAUGUAUAGUAAAAAGAUACUGUAAUGCUAUGUUGUAUCUCCUUUAUGACAGAAUAUAUACUGAGUCCCUUGUAUCUGUUAGAACGUGUACUUAAUCGGUACUAUAUGAACAGGGGUAUUGCCUGUGACCUGAGUAAUUGAUAAUGUAUUGUAUGAGAUUGAUGCCAUCUGGGGCCGUUCGUUCUAAUACCAGACUGGAUCAGUUUUGAGGAUGCGAGCCUCGAAUCGUCUAGGUUUGAUGAAGUUUUGUAAAGUACGAAAGGUCUGCGAAGUGACGCCUUAAAAUAAUAACUGUGACAAUGGAGAGGGGAAAUGCGUAAAAUAAGCACAAAACUACAAGCGAAGAUCGAAUGUCUUGUUUGGUUGUUUAUUAGUUUGAUUUGUUCUUUUAAAGCAAUGCAAUUUAUCUCUGUCGUUACCACCAUUGUCAUUAUCUGUAUUAAUGUGAAGUGAACAAAGCCGUCUCGAGGCCACAUGACUUAGACUGUUGUGCACAACAACUUUCACUAAUGUUGUAGUGGUAGCACUCAAAGGGUAAGACUUACUUGAAAGUAUUUUGCUUCAAUAAAUUUGAAGACAAAAUUA